AUGGAUUUGCAGUCUGAGCCCGAGUCUUCUAUCAGCAGUGAUGACGAAGAGCCUGCUGCUCCUGCCAUCACCACCACUACCAGCAUUGCCCCUACCACUAUUAUAGAUUCAACAGAUGGCUAUGCUGAUGCUGAUGCUGCUCUUGCCUUUGGCAGUAUCCUUAAUGUACACAAGGGAGUGUACUUUAAUGUCCCACUCACUCCCACAGAUGGCAUAACUGUCUACUAUGUCACCAGGGGCUGCAAGAUUGGAGUGUUCUCUGGAUGGAACAGUGUUGGUCCCUGGGUCACCAGUGUUAGUGGUGCUCUCUAUGCAAAGGCAAAGACUGUGAACAAUGGAAUUGAGACUGUCAUUACUGCACUCAAGGCUGGUGUUGCUGUGAAGGUGUAA